CUGCCCAUCCCCAUCCCCCUCUCGCUGCCUGUCCAGCCCUCGGCGCGAUACCAACCCAAGUCCCUUCAUACGCCUUCUAUGUGCCCACCCUCCCCUGCCCCAACCCACUCUUUACACCCAUUCUCACCCUCUCCCCCCAUCCCAUACUCCCCGUUAAUGCCCAUCUCCCUUCACACUUCUUCACCGUGCACAUCCCCCCCUGUCCCACGCUGCCCUUCCUCUUCAGUGAACAGAGACAAGAGCCUCCAUGGAGAUCGGAGUAUGGGGCCGGUUUUAGUGGUUGGAGAGAUGAGAAUGGGGAGAGGGAGACAGCUUUGGAAGAAAGAGAGGGUUGUGACGGAGCAGCACUGCAGCUGGGAGGCAUAGGCGGCCAGCCAGAGAGAUAUUAUGGCUGA